AUGACUGAUACUAAAGGAUCUAUGGUGGCUCCAUUAUCUAAAUAUAAAUUAGUAUUCUUAGGAGAUCAAUCGGUCGGGAAAACUUCGAUAAUAAAUCGAUUCAUGUUUGAUACAUUUGAUGGCAAAGAUCAUCCUACAGUUGGCAUCGAUUUUAUCUCCAAGACCCUUUACUAUGAGGAUAGAACCAUUCGACUUUAAUUGUGGGAUACUGCUGGAUAAGAGAGAUUUAGAUCCCUAAUACCAAGCUACAUUAGGGAUAGUGCAGUUGCUGUAGUUUGUUAUGAUGUUGAGGUGAAACAAUCAUUUGAAAGUGUUGUAAAAUGGAUUGAAGAUGUACGCUUAGAAAGAGGCAACGAUGUAAUAAUCUUUUUAGUGGCCAACAAGAUUGAUCUUGAAAACAGAGUUAUAUCCACAGAGUAAGGAGCUACUCUAGCAAAGGAACAAGAUGCUCAUUUUAUUGAAGUUAGUGCAAAAUUAGGAAGCAAUGUUGAAUUACUAUUCAAAUAAAUAGCAGCUACUCUUCCAGGCACUGAAACAUCUUAAAUGGUUAAUUCUGUUGUGAACCAUCCAACUUAACCAAAUAAUAUUAUAUUAGAUGAUCCAUAAAAUUAAAAUUAGGAAAAGAAGGAUGGAAAGUCAUGUUGUUGA